AUGAAGCCAGCUGCUGAUCUUGUCCUGCUUGGGGCUGCCCUGCUCCUGAUCUCAGGCGCAUAUGGUGACCUGUGCUCAACCGUGAAGGAGGAUGUGGCUCUAUUUUUACAUGGAAGCACUGAUGAGUAUGUUGCAUAUGUGGCAAGGUACAACACGGAUGACACUGCAGUACAGGAAAAUGCUAGACUUCUUAAGCAAUGCGUUGAUGACAAAUUGAGCAAGGAGGAUAAGCAGAAUGCAUCCAGUGGGUUGGAGAAAAUAUACUCAAGCCGUUUAUGUUAAAUGACCCAUCCAUGCCAAGAGACCCACAGAAGCCACCUGCCUGAUCACUCACUCUGUAGUCUCAGCAAGCCACCAUGUCCAGGUGUCUGUCUAGAGGAU